AUGAGACUCGGUCUUGCCUCGACCCUCGUCGCCCUCAGCGGCAGCAGCCUCGUCCUCGCCCAAAAACGCUGCGAUGCACCAUACCCCGAAGUCUACUGCAACACGACCUCGAUCCUCGCCUUCAAUUCAGACGCCUGCAAACCCUUCCACAUCUUCGUCGUGCGCGGGUCCGACGAACCGUAUCCCGGGCGUCUGGGUAACCUAACGCAGCAAGUCUGCAGCGCGAUUGGCGGCACCGCUAAGUGCGGAUACGAGGACGUCGAGUACCCCUCAAAGAGCUCCGCAUGGUCAAAGACGUCAUGGUGCGAUUCCGCCACCAAAGGCGCGAAGAACGGACAACAGCAGAUGCGCGCAUACAGCGAGAAAUGCCCGGAUAGCAAGUUAAUCGUCCUGGGGUUCUCGCAGGGCGGAUCCGUAGCGCAGGAUAUGCUGGGGGGAGGCGGCGGACCGACGUUUGAGUGCGAGCAAGGCGAUAAUCCGGGGUUAGAUGCUAGUGUUGCUCCUGGUUCAAAUGUCGUCGCAGCAGUAACUUUUGGCGCCGUCGCCCGCUCUCGCAACCAAAACUUCACCGUGGGCGGCGGAAAGGACUUUGACGGUACCCGCGCGCGCACCCCCGAGCAACUCGCAAACUUGACGCAAUACGCCGAUGUCCUCCUCGACUACUGCCACUACGGCGACCCCAUCUGCGCGGUAGGCUCCGAGCCGCAAGACGUAACCGAGCACCUCAACUACUUUGUCAAGCACAACGCCGAAGUGACAAAGUGGGUUGCCGGCAUGGCCAAGGCGAGUACCGGUGAUGUGAGUGUUCGACCCAGCAAGCCCGUUGUUGUACAGGCGGCGCCCUCGUCGACAGCACAGUCGUCGACGCAGAGUCUUGUCCCCGCGAAACCGAUUCAGACGGGGGCGCCGACGACGACAUCGACGGUCGAGCUUGCGCCUGCGGUUUUGUCGAGUAUUACUGACGGAGCCGCUGCGGCUGAACAGACUGGUGUCGCGAAUGCUGCGGCGGGUACGGUGAGGGUUGUGCUGGGGUAUUUGACCGUGUUGGGGGCUGUGGCUGUCGUGUUGGUUUGA